AUGAAGGAAGAAGAACAAUCAAAAGAAAGGGACAUGCCAACGAGCCUUGAAGCACGUCUCGCAUCCUUGGCCGCGCGCUUUCAGGAGAUUGAGAGGAGCGUUGUGAAGCUACGCCACAUGUCUCACGGCACGCCGAAUGCACCCUCCGCAGCGGCUGCCACCGUAACGCCAACGGUGGCGGCACAAUAUCGCGAUCCCUCAAAAUUGCAGGAGUUGCAGCCAUGUGCGCGUGACACACCGGAGGUUGCCGCGCUACGGAAGUGGUGUUUGAAGCAUGGACUUUUUAGCGCGCGGUUCCGCUGGGUGCCGUCGGACUAUUAUCAGCAAUCGCUGCAGUGGCGACGUGAUAUUUUGGAGGCCCCUUCCAUUUAUCAUCUUUGCAAGUCCAUCGUGCUGGAGAACACGCACUGUACCCACACAGACUGUAGCCACCGCGAGAACUCUCGCUACUAUAUCGCUGUGUUCCCGUACACAGAGAGAUUUGACGAUCGGCUCAUUAUGCGAUUUGUAAUGGACAUGAACAAAGGAAUGGGAAAGAAGAAGUUCAACUUUCGCCUGGCAGACCCACAGAAGGCGCUGCAGCUGACGGGCUUCGGUCAUGGUGCAGUGGCCCCACUUGGCACCACUGAAGAGAUUCCUGUAAUCAUCAGCGACCGCAUUGCGCAACUUUCUCCACCGCUAUUUUGGAUGGGUGGUGGCCACGUGGGUUGCAAGAUGUGCGUGGAUGUGGCGGAGUUUCUUCAAGUCAUCCGUCCUUUUGUUGGCUCCUUCACAUCCCCACUGCCAGUUGAGGAGUUGGAACGGCUGGUUGAUUGA